AUGGCAGGACGGUUCUUCUUCGGCCAGUUCCCCUUCUCCGCAAGGCUGCUGUCGCCCAUCUUUCCUCUGUACGAGCUCUACACAUCUCUGCCUUUUGGCUCGAUUGUUAUCUUUUUUGCAAUAUACUUUGGGAUCAUCCAAAAUGUCCAGGUCAACCGCUUCAUACGCUUCAAUGCCAUGCAAGCCAUUCUCAUUGACAUUCUGCUGAUUCUACCGAUGCUUGUGGAGCAACUUGUGAGGCCGCCACUGUCGAUCCUGACUGCGGGCUACAACACUGUGUGGCUCUACGUCUUCUUCUGCGUUGUCUAUGGCAUGGGUUCCUGCCUCGCUGGUGAGCAACCAAGAUUGCCACUUGUGGCUGAUGCUGCCGAUCAACAAGUGCGAUGA